AUGGCUUCUUCGUUGGCUGGGACCGCGCCCUCCAAAGAGGCCGGCGUUGCUGAGGGCGCCGGCGGCGAUUCCAUGCUGAUGCUGUUCCACGGCUGUCCCGCCGGUGCCGCUUCCUUUGCUCCAGCUCUGCACCCGCCGCUGUUCUUCGACACGCUUCAGCCGACGGUCGUCUUCCAGUCGCCGGCGUCAGCUGCCGGGGGCCUGAGCCCGGCCUCGUCUCCGCUGCAGCCUUUCCCCUUCCAGCGACUACCCGCCACUUACCUGGGGCCGCCGCUGCCACCUCCGCCGCCCACCCUUCCUCUUCUCCGGCCGCUGCCCCGGCCUGUGCCAGUGCUGCCCGCGCCCUUCCCCGGGAAGAGAGCCUCGCCCAGAAAAAGGAGCAGCCUCGAAGGAACGCCGGACUCGGAGCAGCGCCCGCCUAGCUACCGUUUCACGGCCCAGGAGCUUCACGCCGUCCUCUACGGCGCCCUGCCCGGCGGGAGGCAGCCGCGCGUCCUCUCGGCAGGUGGGCCUCAGUCCGGUGCCUUACCAUCUUUGCAUGUCACCUUCUUUGCAAGACCCAGAGCUUCUCCUUAUAGAAAAAACACAGUUCAGUGGCAACUUGAACCGUUUUGCUCUGUGAUUCAUCUCGUAGGCAUUUCAACUGAGGUAGUUAAAGUGGACAUACGCCCUGUUGACUGUAUCUCUGCUUUUCUUUCAGGAGAUACUGACAGUCAGCCCCCACUGCUGGAUAGAUCAACCCUGCAACUUCCCAAAGGUCUGACUGUGUUGCAGACUGUAUUUAUGGAUGGUCCACAGUUGGGUGUCUUCUGCACAGAAACCAUUCUUAAGGGUAUUCGGUUUGGUCCUUUCCAAGGCAAAGUGGUCAACACUAGCGAGAUUAAAACUUAUGAUGACAAUUCUUUGAUGUGGGAGAUUUUUGAAGAUGGCCAGUUGAGUCAUUUCAUUGACGGCAGAGGUUCUUCUGGAAACUGGAUGUCAUUAGUGAACUGUGCCCGCUUCCCAGAGGAGCAAAACCUGACAGCCCUUCAGUGCCAAGGCCAGAUCUAUUAUGAGAGCUGCAAAGAAAUUACACCUGGCCAAGAACUGCUGGUCUGGUAUGGUGAUUGUUACUCGCAGUUUCUUGGCAUCCCUAUCAGCCUCAAAGGAACAGCAGAAGAAAAGCGAACCCCAGUGCAUAGUGAAGAAUCUGUGGAGGGUUAUGAAUGUGGGCGGUGUGAAAAAGUCUUUGCCUACAGAUACUAUCGGGACAAACAUCUGAAGUACACACGGUGUGUGGACGAAGGGAACAGAAAAUUCCCAUGCCAUCUUUGCAACCGAUCUUUUGAAAAACGGGACCGUCUGAGGAUUCACAUUCUCCAUGUUCAUGAGAAGCAUAGACCUCAUAAAUGCUCUGUGUGUGGUAAAAGUUUCUCUCAGUCCUCUAGUCUAAGCAAGCACACGAGGGUGCAUUCUGGAGAACGGCCAUAUAAGUGUGUAUACUGCAACAAGGCCUUCACUGCCUCCAGCAUCCUGCGUACUCACAUCCGUCAACAUUCAGGAGAGAAGCCCUUCAAGUGUAAGCACUGCGGUAAAGUGUUUGCUUCACAUGCUGCCCAUGACAGUCAUGUGCGACGCACGCACAGUUCUAAAGACAAAGGCUCUAAAUGUACGCUGUGUGAUAAAAUAUUCCUAGAGGCAGAAGAAUUUCGCUUCCAUAUGAAAUUCCACAAAACAGCAAAGUAA